UUUCCACUUGUCAAAAUCCCUAACCUACAAAGUUCCAUAUUCGCGGAGAUUACAGGUACACAUCUCAUAGGAGGACGUCGGAAAUUUUCUUUUGGAAACAAUCUAUCGAAAUUACCCAACAAUGGCAACUAAAGUGGUGGCAACCGCAACUGUUCGUGCUUUGAAAAACCGCAAAUUAAUGCCUAUGCGGGCUGCUUUGGUUCUGACACCUGCUGCUGUGAAACGUAUUAAGGAGCUCCUAAAUGAGAAACCUGAGUUUACAGGGUUGAAAGUUGGAGUACGGCAAAGAGGGUGCAACGGGCUCUCGUACACUUUGGAUUAUGCCAAGGAGAAAGAUAAAUUAGACGAGGAAGUGAUUCAGGACGGUGUUCGAGUGUUUAUCGACAAAAAAGCCCAACUCUCCUUAUUAGGAACCGAAAUGGAUUACGUACAAUCGAAAUUAGCAGCCGAGUUUGUAUUCAAUAAUCCCAACAUCAAAGGAACAUGCGGUUGCGGUGAAUCUUUUAGUAUAUAAAUCAAAUUUGUGUAUGCUUUAAGUAUACUGUUCUCAAAUGUUCACCCGUAGUCGAAUUGAGACUAAGUAGUUCUUUAGAUUAAUUAUUUCAAAUAGAAGAAACUCAAAAUUAUGCAAAUAGACCUUUAGCAGUUUUCAAUUGUUUUAAUUAGGAUGUCCUUUGACUGUGGUUGAGUUUAAUGGCUAAAGUACUAUCCCAUUAAUGAUUUCCUUUGUAAAUAGUACAAUCUUUAGAAUACAUUAUUUAUUCUUGUUUGAUAGUUUCAAAUCAAAGGUCAAUGCAAUCUUAAAAAAGUCAACUUCUCUUUUAGAGAAGCCUUACACAGUAAAAUUACUCAAUGUGACGCAUUAUAGCAAAAUAGCAAAUAAAGAUUAAAAAUGAAAA